GGCAUUUUAGGAAGCCCAAUCCGGCGCCGUGGCCUUGUCGCGCGAGUUUCCUUCCAGUGGAGGGACAAAGCAGCGAGCUUUUUGUCUGGCGGACGAAACGUUUCUUCCAUUUCAUGUUCUUUUCUUUUCCCUUUUGCCUCCACGAAUCAGCAGCAUACCCCAACCUAAAACACGAAUCAAACACAAUCUUAAUUUUUUCCUGGUUAGGAGCCUCCUUGUUGGGGGUGUGACGUUGAGGGGAGACUAUCUAUGGGUGGUGGAGGUGAUGCGGAUGCUUCUGCUGCUGCUGCGGCAGAGGAGGUCAGCAAAUCCAGCUCCGGGGAUGCAGUCACCGUAAAUAUCAGAUGCUCCAGCGGCUCUAAAUUUUCCGUCAAGAUCAGCCUUGAUUCCUCCGUCGAGUCCUUUAAGGCCGUUCUCGCGCAGAACUGCGAUGUCCCGGCCAGUCAGCAGCGCUUGAUUUACAAAGGCCGGAUCUUGAAGGAUGAUCAAACUCUUCAAAGCUAUGGCUUGGAAGCUGAUCACACAGUUCACUUGGUCCGUAGUUUUGCUCCAACAACAGCAAACACUGCUGGAGCGACCAAUCCUGCAGCUCCAAAUACCACUCAAACUAAUAAUACAAGAUCUGUUGGUUCAACUGAAACUGGGGCGUUAGGUGGAUCUGGUUUAGGAGCUUCAUUGUUUCCUGGACUUGGUGGCUUAGGGGGCAAUAGUGGUUUAUUUGGAGCUGGGCUCCCUGAGUUCGAGCAAAUGCAACAACAAUUGACUCAUAACCCGAACAUAAUGAGAGACAUAAUGAACAUGCCUGCUGUUCAGAAUUUAAUGAAUAACCCAGAGAUAAUGCGAAACUUGAUUAUGAACAGUCCUCAAAUGCGUGAAAUCAUUGAUCGAAAUCCUGAGCUUGCGCACAUACUUAAUGAUCCAAGCACUCUUCGACAGACACUUGAAGCAGCGAGAAAUCCUGAGCUCAUGCGUGAAAUGAUGCGCAAUACUGACAGAGCUAUGAGUAACAUAGAAUCAUCACCUGAGGGGUUCAACAUGCUUAGGCGCAUGUAUGAAAAUGUUCAAGAGCCUUUUCUAAAUGCGACUGCAAUGGCUGGGAAUACUGGAAGUGAUAGCUCAAACCCUUUUGCAGCUCUUCUGGGAGCUCAAGGUGGAACCCAAGCCAGAGAUGGAACAACCAACCAGUCUACCACUAAUUCUGAAACUACUACCAACCCUCCUGUGCCCAAUACAAACCCACUUCCAAACCCUUGGUCGCCUCCUGCAACUGGAGGUGCCCAAACAAACACAGCUAGAUUGAAUCCUGGUGGGGAUGCUAGGCCACAAGCACCUGCUGGGUUAGGUGGGCUUGGUCUCCCAGAGUUUGAAGGCAUGUUUGGUGCCAUGCAGGAUACCAAUCAGGUGAAUCAGUUGAUGCAAAAUCCAGCCAUUACACAAAUGAUGCAAAGUCUCCUUUCGAAUCCUCAGCACCUAAACCAGAUUCUUGGUUUCAAUCCUCAACUUCGGAGCAUGCUUGAUUCUAAUCCUCAACUGAGGGAAAUGAUGCAAAAUCCCGAAUUUCUUCGUCAGUUGACUUCUCCUGAGUUAAUGCAGCAACUGUUGAAUUUUCAGCAAUCUCUUAUGUCUCAACUUGAUCAGCAGCAAUCAACUCAGGAACCUGCUCAGACUGGUGGAGGAACAGCAGCAGUCAACAAUUUGGGGCUGGAGAUGUUGAUGAACAUGUUCGGUGGACUCGGCACUGGCAGCCUGGCUGUUCCUAGAUCUGAUGUACCACCCGAGCAACUAUACGCCACCCAAUUGACACAGCUUCAGGAAAUGGGUUUUCUUGACACUCAAGAGAACAUUCGGGCAUUAAUCGCCACUGCAGGAAAUGUUCACGCUGCGGUAGAGCGUCUUUUGGGAAAUAUCUAAUAGCUAUGAGAUAUUAUGUUCUUCCAAAAUUUCAGUUUGGACCAGAGUUAUAUUAAAGUCCCUUUUUUUGUAUGAAUAAGCUUGAGAUUAAGGUAUAGGGCUGCAAAUUUGUUGGUCUACUUUCUCCUUUCCUAGACACGUCAAGUGAGGCCAAAGUUUAUUGUACAUACCCAAAAAUUAAGAUUUCUCAUAUGAAAUAUUUGUUAAAUUUUCUGAA